AUGAACAAGAGACUCGGCGUACUAAUAUUGUCGCUAAACUUCUAUAAAUUUAACAGCAGUACGGGAAAUCUAUCCUGGCAGCGAGUGUCACUUGAUAACGUGACACUUUUGCCGAUCCAGGAUCGUAGAGCCACCUGGAACUACAACCUCAGCUGGAGCACAACACUAAAGGGUUGCUUCAAAGAUUGCCUGGCAGGUCCGUUUUGUAAUUCUUUGGUCUGGUGCAAUAUUGAUGGCGGUUGUCUGAUGGGCACCACGUUACUGACGAAGCCCACCUCACUAAUUAUUGCUUCCGUCACACUACAACCAACGUGGAAGUACAACAAAACGAAUUAUUAUUUGCUAACGAAAAGGUGUUAUCUGGGAUGGGAUUGCAGAGUAAUGUGCGCUGAUCGUGGCCUCGAAAAUCCAGCCAUCCAUUCUGAGCUCGAAAAUGCGGCAAUUAUCAGAAAAAUGCACAGCCUCAACGUCAGCAUUUGCCCCGGGAAGGUUGUGGUCCAUAUUGGCAUGAUGCCUAUUUGGAAAAAUGGCAAAUUCAUCAGUGUUUGGAGCAAUAAUUCAACAAUCGACUACGUAAAUUGGGACACGAAGCAGCCGAUUUUCGAAGAAAACUAUCCCACCGGGGACCAAUAUCUGCAAGAUUGUACGGUGAUGCUUACUUCCGGCAAAUGGGAUGAUGUGGCGUGCAAUGUUGACCCCUAUGCGCCGGGGAAUCGUGGGCCUUGCCUCUGCAUGAAACGCUGU